AUGGAGGAAGGAAUUAAGAAGAUGGAGGGAGGAAGCGAUCGACCUGGUUUCGAGUUCAAGAAGCCUCUAUUUCCUGCUUCAGCCAUAAGGCGAGCAAAACCUACACGCGCCAGGCAGAGGGGACAUUUGGUUACCAUACGAAGCAACUCCCCAGUUGCAUCUCAUCGAUAUCUUUUCUCAUAUCCCCCAAAAGCGGCUACCGACUGCACCGACCCUAAUCAUCUUCAAGCGGUUGCAUGGUUGGCCGGAGAUGGUGUAAAGAAGCAUCCAGACUCGAACCACCGCGCACCUGUCAACGCUAACAUCGAAAAUAAAACAGUAUCAGUUCUCAGUCAGUACGAGGCAAAUCCGGAAACUGGUGUAGAGGCUCUCGGUCUUUUUGGUGCUGGUGCUGGCCGCAGGGUUGCGCUUAAACGCCAGUGCAUUCUGCCCACCUGCAGAUCUCGCAGGGUACGCAAAGCCACAGAGCUGAGGACUAGCGAGAAGAAGCCCAAACAAAUCAAGGACCACGGUGGACUUUUGAGGGCCUUGAGGAGGCGUCUGGAAAAGACCUCGUAUCCGGAUCCAGCAAAUACGCACGUCCGAGUCACUCCCCGUGCUAAUCCGGGUACUGAGAUCUACGACGUUUACGCUCGGGCAUUUGGUAGUUGGGAUGAUGCCAUGUGUGAGAAUAUCUCAGGGUACAAGGACGACACAGACAAAAGAAGCUGGUAUUCUACGCGGGACAGUGAAAAAUGCGGCUCCUGGAAAAGGUGUGCACUCUGUGAGGAAAGUGUCAAGCCCGACGACGUGCCACUUACUUUUACUCUCGAGAAGAGUUAUGAAGAAUGGAUUCGCAGGUGCGCAUCUGUCGCUGCAUGAGAUGGGUCUGUUCUAUGUUGGAUACUUCUCGGUUUCUUUCGGGUCACUACCCUAUAGAGGCCUAGAAUUGGAGAGGAAACGUCUCGAGGCUCUACGGAGGAUGAAAAGAGAAGGGCAUUGCAAUGGCAGCCUUGGGGGCUUUUUCUUUUUCACAGGUGGAGUCAUUCUCGUUCGGCCAGUGAGAUGAAAUU